AUGACAUUAGCCAAUGAUCAGGUAAACAUGGAAACAUUAAACAACUCAGCACACCCCAUUCUUGGACAGUCCCCAAAGGAAAGCAUAGAGGUUGCCAUCACUACAUCCAUCCACCGUUCCAGAAAAGCCAAUGUUCUCGUUACGGGAGUCUUUGUGACUGCGUGCAUCCUAGCUGCAAUGUGCAUUAUGCUGCUGCUAGCAAAAAGAAAGAAAGCCCAAAAAGAAGAGAAAACUCUUCCCAAUGAAGAAAGCCUUGGUGCAGAGGCUGAAAAAGAAAGUAAACAGGAUCAUUCAACAGUAGAUGAGCAUGGCCUACAUGAAGCUGGAGAGACUAAACAGACAGAAUCAGAUAAUAAAACAGAUAAUGCUUUGAAUAAAGAAUACGAUAUUGAACAGGAAAGAAAAAACGAUACUAUUUACGAUGAAGAGGCUUCUGAGCUUUUGCUAGGCUGUAUUGAAGAGACAUACACAGAUAAUCCUACAUAUAGUAUCGAUGCUGACUUUGGCCCAUAUGUGUCUGCAGCGGCUGAAAAGCAAACAGAUGUCCAUCCAGAGCCUGCAAAAGAGGAAGAAAGAAAAGACAGCGAAGGCUCUGAUGUGGUUUCUAUACCCAACUCUAACUCCUCGACAUUUUCAGAGAUUAAUGGACAAGAAGGCGCCAGUGCUGAACAAGAAUACUGUUCUAUCCCAAACGAGCCAGCAUCAUAUGACGACAAAGAAGAUAAGUAUGAUACAGAGUCCAAUGAAUCUUUUGAAAGCGUGAAAACAGAAACUGCAGAGCAGAAGAUUGCUCCAUCAGAUGAGCUGGAAAGCGACAAAUGA